GCGUGACGUCACGAGACACCAGGAAGCUGCCGGUCUCCGCGCGCGCGCUCACUGAGAUCUGAGGUUUGGAAGAAAAACGGAAAACCCAGUGGAACACCAAUGCCGACGGUGACGGCCGACGCCAGGAUAGCGGCCACGGGCUUGAAGCGAGGGCAACCCGGCUCUUGUCCCAAGAAAGGAAUCCGCUCCCCGCUGCCCUCCACGGUGGCUGCACGCUGAGCCCCAACUUUCCCAGGAGCUGACGCUCUGCAGAAUUGGCCUGAUGGAGCAAAGGCACUCAGCGCAGCUCAGUACAAGAAGGAAACAAUGCGACCAGCAUGCAAACAGCACGGAUUGUACUGGAAAAUUGACACAGCACCAGAGAACACACACAGGAGAGAAACCUUUUAAGUGCACUCUGUGUGGGAAGGCGUUUGCAAAGUCAUCAAAUCUUAAGACCCACCAGAGAACACACACAGGAAAGAAACCUUUCAAGUGCACUGUGUGUGAGAAGGCGUUUGCACAGUCAUCACAUCUUCAAAGACACCAGAGAACACACACAGGAGAGAAACCCUUCAAGUGCACUGUGUGUGAGAAGGCAUUUUCAUGGUCGUCAUAUCUUCAGACCCACCAAAGAACACACACAGGAGAGAAACCUUUUAAGUUCAGUGUGUGUGGGAAGGCGUUUGCAAAGUCAUCAACUCUUCAGACCCACCAGAGAACACACACAGGAGAUAACCCCUUCAAGUGCAGUGUGUGUGGAAAGGCAUUUUUUGAUUCAUCUACUCUUAAACAACACCAGAGAACACACACAGGAGAGAAACCUUUUAAGUGCAGUGUGUGUGGGAAGGCGUUUGCAAAGUCAUCAAUUCUUAAAUCACACCAGAGAACACACACAGGAGAGAAACCUUUCAAGUGCACUGUGUGUGAGAAGGCGUUUGCACAGGCGUCCAUUCUUAAAUCACACCAGAGAACACACACAGGAGAUAAACCUUUUAAGUGCACUCUGUGUGGGAAGGCAUUUGCAAAGUCAUCAAAUCUUAAGACCCACCAGAGAACACACACAGGAGAGAAACCUUUUAAGUGCAGUGUUUGUAAAAAGGUGUUUGCACAGUCAUCCAUUCUUAAAUCACACCAGAGAACACACACAGGAGAGAAACCUUUUAAGUGCACUCUGUGUGGGAAGGCGUUUGCAAUGUCAUCAAAUCUUAAGAUCCACCAGAAAACACACACAGGAGAGAAACCUUUUAAGUGCACUCUGUGUGGGAAGGCGUUUGCAAAGUCAUCAAAUCUUCAAACCCACCAGAGAACACACACAGGAGAUAAGCCCUUCAAGUGCAAUGUGUGUGGGAAAGCAUUUUUUGAUUCAUCUACUUUUAAACAACACCAGAGAACACACACAGGAAAGAAACCUUUCAAGUGCACUGUGUGUGAGAAGGCGUUUGCACGGUCACCAGAUCUUCAAAGACACCAGAGAACACACACAGGAAAGAAACCUUUCAAGUGCACUGUGUGUGAGAAGGCGUUUGCACAGUCAUCACAUCUUCAAAGACACCAGAGAACACACACAGGAGAGAAACCCUUCAAGUGCACUGUGUGUGAGAAGGCAUUUUCAUGGUCGUCAUAUCUUCAGACCCACCAAAGAACACACACAGGAGAGAAACCUUUUAAGUGCAGUGUGUGUGGGAAGGCGUUUGCAAAGUCAUCAAUUCUUAAAUCACACCAGAGAACACACACAGGAGAGAAACCUUUCAAGUGCACUGUGUGUGAGAAGGCGUUUGCAUGGUCGUUUAUUCUUAAAUCACACCAGAGAACACACACAGGAGAGAAACCCUUCAAGUGCACUGUGUGUGAGAAGGCAUUUUCAUUGUCAUCAUAUCUUCAGACCCACCAGAGAACACACACAGGAGAUAAACCCUUCAAGUGCAGUGUGUGUGGGAAGACAUUUUUAGAUUCAUCUGCUCUUAAACAACACCAGAGAACACACACAGGAGAGAAACAUUUUAAGUGCAUUCUGUGUGGGAAGGCGUAUGCAAAUUCAUCAAAUCUUCAGUCCCACCAGAGAAUACACACAGGAGAUAAACCCUUCAAGUGCAGUGUGUGUGAGAAGGCAUUUUCAGAUUCAUCUACUCUUAGAAGACAUCAGACAACACACACAGGAGAGAAACUCUUCAAUUGCAGUGUUUGUGGGAAAGCCACGGAUCGUACUGGAAGUUUGACACAGCACCAGAGAACUCACACAGGAGAGAAACCAUUCAAGUGCAUUGUGUGUGAGAAGGCAUUUGCAAAGUCAUCAUAUCUUCAGAGUCACCAGAGAACGCACGCAGGAGAGAAACCCUUCAAGUGCACUAUGUGUGAGAAGGCAUUUGCACAGUCAUCAAAUCUUCAGAGCCACCAGAGAACACACACAGGGGAGAAACCCUUCAAGUGCACUGUGUGUGAGAAGGCAUUUACAGAGUCAUCACAUCUAAAAACACACCAGAGAACACACACAGGAAAGAAACCCUUCAAGUGCACUAUGUGUGAGAAGGCAUUUACAGAGUCAUCACAUCUUAAAACACACCAGAGAAUGCACACAGGGGAGAAACCCUUCAAGUGCACUAUGUGUGAGAAGGCAUUUGCAAAGUCAUCAAAUCUUCAGAGUCACCAGAGAACGCACACAGGAGAGAAACCCUUCAAGUGCACUAUGUGUGAGAAGGCAUUUACAGAGUCUUCACAUCUUAAAAAACACCAGAGAACACACACUGGAGAGAAACCAUUCAAGUGCACUAUGUGUGAGAAGGCAUUUGCAAAGUCAUCAAAUCUUCAGAGUCACCAGAGAACGCACACAGGAGAGAAACCCUUCAAGUGCACUGUGUGUGAGAAGGCAUUUGCACGAUCAUCAGAUCUUCACAACCACCAGAGAACGCACACAGGAGAGAAACCCUUCAAGUGCACUAUGUGUGAUAAGGCAUUUGCAAAGUCAUCAAAUCUUCAGAGUCACCAGAGAACGCACACAGGAGAGAAACCCUUCAAGUGCACUAUAUGUGAGAAGGCAUUUACAGAGUCAUCACAUCUUAAAAAACACCAGAGAACACACACAGGAGAUAAACCCUUCAAGUGCACUAUGUGUGAGAAGGCAUUUGCAACGUCAUCAAUUCUUCAGAGUCACCAGAGAACGCACACAGGAGAUAAACCCUUCAAGUGCACUAUGUGUGAGAAGGCAUUUGCAACGUCAUCAAUUCUUCAGAGUCACCAGAGAAUACACACCGGCGAGAAACCCUUCAAGUGCACUAUGUGUGAGAAGGCAUUUGCACGAUCAUCACAUCUUAAAAAACACCAGAGAACGCACACAGGAGAGAACCCCUUCAAGUGCACUAUGUGUGAGAAGGCAUUUGCAAAGUCAUCAAAUCUUCAGAGUCACCAGAGAACGCACACAGGAGAGAAACCCUUCAAGUGCACUGUGUGUGAGAAGGCAUUUGCACGAUCAUCAGAUCUUCACAACCACCAGAGAACGCACACAGGAGAGAAACCCUUCAAGUGCACUAUGUGUGAGAAGGCAUUUGCAAAGUCAUCAAAUCUUCAGAGUCACCAGAGAACACACACAGGAGAGAAACCCUUCAAGUGCACUAUAUGUGAGAAGGCAUUUACAGAGUCAUCACAUCUUAAAAAACACCAGAGAACACAAACAGGAGAUAAACCCUUCAAGUGCACUAUGUGUGAGAAGGCAUUUGCAACGUCAUCAAUUCUUCAGAGUCACCAGAGAACGCACACAGGAGAUAAACCCUUCAAGUGCACUAUGUGUGAGAAGGCAUUUGCAAAGUCAUCAAAUCUUCAGAGUCACCAGAGAACGCACACAGGAGAGAAACCCUUCAAGUGCACUGUGUGUGAGAAGCCAUUUACAGAGUCAUCACAUCUAAAAACACACCAGAGAACGCAUACAGGGGAGAAACCCUUCAUGUGUACUGUGUGUGGAAGCGCAUUUGCAACAUUAUCAAAUCUUCACGACCACCAGAGAACGCACACAGCAGAGAACCCCUUCAAGUGCACUAUGUGUGAGAAGGCAUUUGCAAUGUCAUCAAAUCUUCAAAGACACCAGAGAACACACACAGGGGAGAAACCCUUCAAGUGCACUAUGUGUGAGAAGGCAUUUACAGAGUCAUCAAUUCUUCACGACCACCAGAGAACACACACAGGAGAGAAACACUUUAAGUGCACUGUGUGUGGGAAGGCAUUUGCACGGUCAUCACAUCUUCAAAGACACCACAGAACACACAGGCAUCAGAAGAUCCCCAAGGAGCGGAGUCUGAAAUCGGCUUGUGCAAGUCCAAGUGCUGCAAUGAGCUCAUCCCUGCUGAAAAAAGAACCUGAAUUUAAUUCCAGCUUGGACGCAAUGAAAUGUAUCAAGGUGGAUUUUGAAGAGGUGAAAUGUGAAGAAGUGAUGGUAAAAUGUGAAGAUGAAGAUUCAACUCCAAAAUCGGACCUUCACAUCGAUGUAGGCAACGUGAAGCAGGAGGAGAAUUCUGCCUGUGAGGCAGAGCGAGGUAACUCCCAGGAGUUUGUGGAAGUGGAGGUGUGGGUGGACUUCUUAGACAAUACAAAGUCAAAUGCAGACCCGGUAGAUGUGUAAGCUUGAGACAAUGAAGCUCCAAUAAAUGCACCUUUGUCACAGACUAAAAGAACACCAAAGAAAGUACUGUCUGUGAAAAGACAUUUGCACAGUCAUCAGUUUUUCAGAUCCACCAGAGAACACACGGAGAAACCCUUCAUGUGCAGUGUGUGUGGGAAGGAAUUUUCAGGUUCACCUGCUCUUAAAAAUCACCAGAGAACACAGGUGUAAUGAUUGUGGUGUCGCUGCUGUGUACAGACGCACACGUGUGACGUCACUGCGUUACUAUCACGUGGGUCUACACACACACAUAACGUCAUCCCGGCUGGAGGCGGGAAUGACAUCAGGGCCAGUGCUGGACACGUGACCGAAUCCGA